CAAAGGCAAAUGAAGCCAUGUUUUUGCGUACAAACAAGUAGCCUCUGAGCGCGUUGGUCCGGAGCCGUGCAGCGCGCGCCGGGUGGGAGAGGCCGCGCGGAACAGCCUUCGCUCUCGCGCUUGUAAUUGAUCAGAUGUGGACAUUUGUAACGGGAUAGGUGAUCGUUUUUAAGACGUCUACCCGGGAUAUAUCUUUUUAGCAAACUACUUGACGGCGACGCCGCGACUCUCCGAACGCCGCCAGGACGCAGCGCGCCGCCGGGGGGGAGACUGUUGGUCGGAGAAAAUGAGUUCCGGGGCGAGCUGGUGAACCAGCGGUGGACACGAGGCGAGAGGACCAGCACCCGCUGUCAGGCCUCCCAGAGACUGCAGAGCCGUCGACCAAUCAUGAUGAGUGUAGAAAGUGACACCAAGCGAACUCGCACGCGGUCCAAGGGAAUCAGAGUUCCUAUUGAGCUCGUAGGACAAGAGCUGAGCUGCCCCACCCCGGGAUGCAAUGGCUCUGGCCAUAUCAGUGGGAGAUACUCACGACACAGAAGCAUUCUGGGAUGCCCUGUGGCCCGAAAGCGGCGUUUAGAGGAAGCAGAGGCCGAGCAGGAGCAAGACGCGGAGCAGCCCGCCGCCAAGAGGAAGUCCCCCCCCCUGAGGAUGGCCCUGGACGAGGGCUUCAGCGCCGAGAGCGACGCCGGCAGCGAGGCCGAGGGCGAGGGACAGAGGAGUGGAGAGACAGCAGAGACCAAGGGGGAGGAGGAGGAGGAGGACAUGGCAGAAGACCCUUUGCAGGAUGGACAGACAAACGGACAGGAGAAUGGGACACGGGUGGAGGAGGAAGAGGAGAGGGAAGAAGAAGAAGUGGGUCAGAAGGAGGAGAACUCAUUUGCUGCAGAUGAAGACGAGGAGUGCGUGAUCGUCGGGCCGAGGCUGGGACCAGCGCCGCCUGCACGCCGCGAGUGCCGGUCGGCCUCUCAGAGCGCAGAGGAGGUGGCCGACUCGCUCCUCCACCUCGGCCGCGUCUCUGACAGCUUUGCUCCCGCCGCGGCCGUUCAUCAGCCCGUUGCCGUGGAUACUGAGGAGGAGGUCACUGUGGCAGCCAAACGGGGGGAAGACGCAAAGGAUGAGCAGGAGGGGAACAUGACUGAGAGAGAGGAGGAGGAGGAGGAGGAGGAGGAGGUUCAGGCAUCAGAGGAGGCAGCUGAAGUAGAGGAGGAGGAGGUAGAAGAUAAGAAAGGGGAGUGCCCAGACAGCAGCAGCCACGUGAUCCAAGAGAACCACCAGCAUCUGACCCAAGAUGUCCGCCACCAACAGAUCAAAGGUGACGAAGAAGAGGAGGAAGACAUGGCAGCGCCUUCAGCUGAAGAGGAGAAGGAGGAGGAGAGACACAAAGAGGUGAGACACAACCUGCCCAAUUCUGAUGUGCCAACCGCCAUCCGCAACAUCACCAGCACUGCAGCAGCUCAGGGAACGCACACGAAGGCCGAGGACCUAACGGCCAGUCCUCUGGAGGACCACAAGUCACUGAGGACCAGUCCUCUGGAGGACCACAAGUCACUGAGGACCAGUCCUCUGGAGGACCACAAGUCACUGAGGGCCAGUCCUCUGGAGGACCACAAGUCACUGAGGACCAGUCCUCUGGAGGACCACAACUCACUGAGGGCCAGUCCUCUGGAGGACCACAACUCACUGAGGACCAGUCCUCUGGAGGACCACAACUCACUGAGGGCCAGUCCUCUGGAGGACCACAAGUCACUGAGGGCCAGUCCUCUGCAGGACCACAACUCACUGAGGGCCAGUCCUCUGGAGGACCACAACUCACUGAGGACCAGUCCUCUGGAGGACCACAACUCACUGAGGACCAGUCCUCUGGAGGACCACAAGUCACUGAGGGCCAGUCCUCUGCAGGACUACAAGUCACCGAGGGCCAGUCCUCUGCAGGACCACAAGUCACUGAGGGCCAGUCCUCUGGAGGACUACAAGUCACUGAGGGCCAGUCCUCUGGAGGACCACAACUCACUGAGGGCCAGUCCCUGUGACAAGUACAGCAGGGCCGGUCCACUAGACAAAUAUGACUUCCAUAAACCUGGCCUGCUUCAGAACUACACGGCCGGCCCUCCUCUGAGCUACGGCUUAAACAGGGUCAGUCCAUUAGAAGACCAUUUCCCCAACCUCAGAGGUGAGAACUAUAAGGUGCACAGAGCCGUGUCCUCCACCUCUCCCGACGUUAUCGAAGUGCGAUCCGACCGGUCGGAGGAGAGAGACUUUGAGGACGCGGACGGGGACGACGAGCGCGAUGAUGACGACAGCCUGUCGCAGCGCUCCACCGUGACGGACGAGUCGGAGAUGUUUGACAUCACGCGAGGGAACCUGGGCCUGCUGGAGCAAGCCAUCGCCCUGAAGGCGGAGCAGGUGAAGCCGGCCGGGCCCGGGGAGCUGCUCCGCACGCCAGAUAUCCACCAGCAGCGAUACUUCACCCUGGACGACCGGCCCAAGCACCUGGACGUCAUCCGCAAGAGCUACUUCAGCAAAGAGAGCAGCAGGCCGGAGAAGAGGGAGAUCAAGUGUCCCACCCCGGGGUGCGACGGGACGGGUCACGUGACCGGCCUUUACCCCCACCACCGCAGCUUGUCAGGCUGUCCGCACAAGGACAGGAUCCCCCCGGAGAUUCUGGCCAUGCAUGAGAACGUGCUGAAGUGUCCGACCCCCGGCUGCACCGGUCAGGGUCACGUCAACAGCAACCGCAACACACACCGCAGUCUUUCUGGAUGCCCCAUCGCUGCUGCAGAGAAGCUGUCCAAGGGCCUUGACAAGCAGCAUCUGUCCCAGCCCGGCAGCGAGCAGCUCAAAGGGAGUCUCAACGACCGGGUGCUGAGGCCCAUGUGCUUUGUGAAGCAGCUGGAGGUGCCUCAGUACGGCAGCUACCGGCCCAACAUGGCGCCCGCCACGCCUCGCGCCAACCUGGCCAAGGAGCUGGAGAAGUACUCCAAGGUGUCCUUCGAUUAUGCAAGCUUCGACGCUCAGGUGUUCGGGAAGCGCACGCUUGCUCCAAAGAUGCCCGCCAGCGAAACGCCACCCAAAGCCUUCAAAACAAAGCCCUCGUUCCCCAAGUCUCCGUCCCCGAGUCUCCCGGGUUACGGGAAGAGCUCCUCCUUGGCCUACGACUACUCCCACGACGCCGAGGCCGCUCACAUGGCCGCCACCGCCAUCCUGAACCUGUCCACGCGCUGCUGGGAGAAACCGGAGAACCUCAGCACCAAAGCCCCCUCCAAGGAAUUGGCCAUUGAGGUGGACGAGAACGGCACCCUGGACCUGAGUAUGAAGAAGCCCAUCAAGCGAGAAGGCAGCAGCCCCGGCGUCCGGUCCCCAGACCCGUCCUCCUCCUCCUCCUCCUCCUCCACCUCCUCCCUCCGUCACGGUGGAAGCAGCGGGGUGACAUCGCCACACCUGCACACCUACAAGCAGGAGGAGUGGGAGGGCCCCCUGGAUUACACCAAAUCCAGCCGCCACCGGGAGGAGGAACCGGACGAGAUGGAGCCGUCGUCUGACGCGGAGGACUGCGACAUGACGCAGGACUGUUUGGAGGACAGGAAGUACCCAGGAGAGGUCACGACCCCCAGCUUUAAGGUCAAGUUCCAGCCCAAGGACAGCAAGAAAGAACUGCUCUCGUGCCCCACGCCCGGCUGCGACGGCAGCGGCCACAUCACUGGGAACUACGCGUCCCAUCGCAGUCUGUCUGGGUGUCCCCUCGCUGAUAAGAGCCUUCGGUCCCUCAUGGCGGCCCACACCCCUGAACUUAAAUGCCCCACGCCAGGGUGUGACGGCUCAGGCCACAUCACAGGAAACUACACCUCCCACAGAAGUAUCUCUGGGUGCCCGCGUGCCAAGAAAAGUGGAAUUAAAACUCCUACCAAGGACAACCAGGAGGACUCCGAGCUUUUAAAGUGUCCGGUUCCCGGCUGUGACAGCCUGGGUCACAUCAGUGGGAAAUACGCCACCCACCGCAGCGCCUACGGCUGCCCGCUGGCCGCCCGCAGACAGAAGGAGGGUCUCCUGAACGGAACCCCCUUCAACUGGAAGGCCUUCAAGACUGAGGGGCCCACCUGCCCAACCCCAGGUUGUGACGGCUCCGGACACGCUAAUGGAAGCUUCCUCACGCACCGCAGCCUGUCAGGAUGCCCCAGAGCCCUGUUCGCCAAGAAGAAGGCCAAGUUCCCCACAGAGGACUACCUGAGCACCAAGUUCAGAGCCAGUGAUGUUUUGGACAACGAUGAAGAUAUUAAGCAGCUCAACAAAGAGAUCAACGACCUGAAUGAAUCCAACAAUGAAAUGGAGGCGGACAUGGUCAACCUGCAGACUCAGACGCCGUCUCACCCCAAAAGCACCCGAUCUGAACUGAGAAAACGUUUCCACGCCAUUCUUCAUGGGAUGAAAUCCCGGCGAUCCUGCGUGUGAAAAGAAGGGGAACGCCGUCCUAUUGAAUCUAGACGGUUUCUUAUUUCACAGUUUGUUGGUAUUUAGACAGAAACGUGUGUGCACGAGGGGGAUACGUCCCCUCUAAAAGACAAGGGGACAUGCAAUGUAUGUUAAGCAGAAGCAGCUGUGACUGCAUCCUCAGUACGACUAAAUAUCCAUGUCCCAGUCUGAAGAUUCCAAUCUGUGAAAUCUCACAAAUAUUUACUUUCACUUUUAAGAUAAAAUUGCAUGUCCGUUGCAUAUAUAUGGACAGCAGGGUUUGUCCGUCCUGGUUAUCCCCCAUGAUGUCAUGUGUCUGGAGUGGGACCCGUGUAGAACCCCCGCCCCCCCU